ACACACAGUUCAUCCCCGCAUUACUUUGCGGAGACUUCAUUUUGCAUCAUUCCCAACAAAAAUGGAGAAUCUUGCGGCGUGUCAUUUAAAGUACUCGGUCCCGAAAGCUCGAAUGUUUAUUGUUUUUCUCACAAUGAUGAUCUGCACGGGUGGUCUCUUUCUGUUGCAGAAUACAUUUUUGAAAACAAGUAAAUCUAAAGAUUUCUAUUCUUUCGAAGUGAAGGAUUUGAAAGGGAGGACCGUUUCCCUGGAAAAGUUCAGAGGCAAAGCGUCUUUAGUUGUAAACGUGGCGAGUUAUUGUGAACAAACUGAGAGAAACUACAAAGGACUGCAAGGUCUACACCGAGAGUUGGGUACUUCACAUUUCAAUGUGCUGGCUUUUCCUUGCGGCCAGUUUGGAGAUACAGAGCCAGGGUCUAACCGUGAUAUAGAGGCGUUUGCAAAGGAGAAAUAUGGCGUGUCUUUUCCUAUCUUCAGCAAGAUUAAGAUAAUGGGCUCUGAAGCCGACCCUGCCUUUACAUUUGUUACAGAUUCAGCCAAAAAGGCGCCAAAGUGGAAUUUUUGGAAGUAUCUCAUAAACCCCCAAGGCCAGGUGGUAAAAUUCUGGAAACCGGAAGAGCCCAUAGAGAACAUCAAAAAAGAUGUAGUAGAGUUAGUGAGAGAGAUCAUCUUAAAAAAGAAAGUAGAACUUUAAAACCUGAACUGUUUGUGCCAAAGCUUCAUGGCCAGGUCACACCUUAACCACUUAAAGUGCCCCGUUUGUGCUUGUCACCAGAAACUAAAACAGUGAAGUUGCCUUGAACAUGUCAGCAGUUGUUUCACAUGUUGGUUUCAGAAGCAUUUACAGAAGCAGUCACUGUGCCUGCAAUGUCGUGACUACACAGCAUUUUCUGUUCAAAGGAAUAUCACUGACACACAUGGGACAAUGUCUGCAACUGCAAUGUAGCGCCAAUGAAUUAAUGUUUUAGAUGAGUGUUUUAACCGCAUUAUACAGUUAGUUGGGUGAUUCCUCACUACUUUUUUUGUCCACGACCAAGUACUACUGCAGAGGUUUGUAAACAGUUUAGAAUAGGGACCUCCAACAGAAUACUGAGGGAAGAGCAGAGUAAAGUGAAUGUUUGAACUGUUACUAUCCCAAAGAUCAAGAAUAUAACUGAAUGGUCAUGAAAUAUACAACGAAUGCAAAAUUCCUGUCCAUACAUGUAAUACAUGUUUUAAUACAUGAUUUUAGGAAUACUUUUGAUGACCUCCUUGAUUUAGUUGGGCAACCAGCUGUAUUACUGAGUGUUUUAUAAAAGUGGUAGGACAAAAUAUGCCAUGGAAUUAUCUAAUGUAAAUUGUAUAUUAAUAUUUAAUAUGAUACAGCUGCAUAAAGAUUUUCUUAUUGCACUCCAAAUGAUAUUUGACUGUAAAGCCUUGACAAUUGUAAAUUACUAACAAUCCUACAUAGUGAAUGAAAAUAUGGCAUUUUGUGGCCACAAGGCAAAAUAGGAUGUGCCAGAUGGGAUGAGUACUGGAUAAAUUCUAAUUUGCCAAGAGUUAAAUUACUGGGCAACCUAAGCCAAGUGACUAAUCAUCGUGUUUAUUCUUUUAAAAGAAAUUUGCCUAUUUAAAAUGCAAUUUUAUAAAACAAAUAUUCUUAGUUCUAUGUAUACCUCUAGGAUUGACAUUGAAACUUCAGAUAUAUAAAAAAUAUAUAUGUUUAUGUUCAGUAAAAUUAUGCAGGUGGAUUCAAAUUCACAUUCUCAAUCAUGUAAAGCCAUGUGUCAGUGGUAUCAUGCGAGGAGGCUUUUGAGUUUACCUGCAAAUAUAUUAAAAGCAGACAUAACUCAGUCACAGCAAAUUAGACAAGCACUAAAUCAGCGUUUGAAAUAUUGUAAGCUAAAUUAAUAUGUUUACCCCAGAUUGCAGCAUUUAAAAAAAAUAAGUAAAAACAAACUGCUAAGUUGCAUGAAACUACUAGGUACAUGUUACAUGUAAACUUGUCACUGGGAUACCUUCUUUAGAAACAGAUACAGGCCCUAUUUAUUUAAAAACAUCUUGUCUACUGGGAAUUCCAUGGCCCUCUUUUUUUUAAAUUUCAUCCAGGUUCGGGUACUUUUUCAAGGGGGAGAAAGGUACUUUGUAUUUUUUUAAGGGGGGGGGGGGAGUAAUGUGUGUUCUGUUUUGUUUUUAAUAAUAUUAUGUUGCGCUGAAGACAACUAAUGUCUUGUUUACAGAUUACAGCAAUAAUAAAACUAGCUUUCUUCUUAAA